AAAAAAAUAAAAAUAACAUGGCAUCACUGUGAUAAACAAUAGCCAGGAAAGAAAACCGCAAAAAUUGUAAAGUAAAAAAUCAUCAAAAAUUGCUGCUCAACACAAGUGGGACUACUCCCAAACGAGUCUUUGUUGUUUUUUUGAAAACCAAAACACCAUGAACGAAGCAGCCUUAGCUGGAAUGAUACCGUACGAUACAAUUGGUCUAUACGAACAACCGAAACCACGUUUCAUAUUUAAAAUGCCUCGUGUUGUCCCCGACCAAAAGUCCAAAUUCGAAAGUGAUGAACUGUUCCGCCGUUUGAGCAGGGAGAGUGAGAUACGGUACACCGGAUACCGUGAGCGAGCAUUGGAAGAACGGCAAAUACGUUUUCAAAAUGGCUGCCGAGAGGGUCACACUGAGAUUUCAUUUGUUGCAUCGGGCACAAAUUUACAACUUGUUUUCAAUGCCACCCAGAAUCCCUAUAUACAUGACAAGGAGUGCGAAUUUGAAAAGGAGCCGGGAAAAGUGCACAUUAAAUCGUAUUUCAUUAUGAAUGGUGUUUGCGUGCGAUUCCGUGGUUGGCUAGAUUUGGAACGGCUUGAUGGUGUCGGCUGCUUGGAAUAUGACGAACGCAGAGCAAUGCAUGAAGAUGCUAUACUUCGAGAUCAAAUAGAUCGAUAUAACCAAAGAUUGCGUGAAUUUGAAGAUUCAAAAAGAGCUUAUCGAGAGAAUCGUCCAGAAGACAUGGAUGCAGUACGCCGUGGUGUCGCUACCGGAGGCAUUGGAGUUGGGGCAGCAAGCAUGUGGCGACGUUAGAGAUAAUACUGAUAAAAAUACAUCAUAUAACCAAAUUUCAUUUAACAUAAAUCAGAUCCAAUUGCUCUCAUUAUCAACACAUUUUUAAAUAUUUAAGAUAUUCGAAUUAAAUGUUAAGUACUAAUACAUUGAUAUAUAAUAACUGCAUUCUAUUAUAACAUCACCCAUAAAUAUAUAAAUAAACCCUUGAAAAACAAA